AUCGUGGUGUGAGUUCUGCGCAUGCGCUGCCUCGAAAGGAGAGCAGUCGAGGUCGAAUUGUAGGAUUUCUGUGGCUUUGGACAAAACAAGGCAAGAUGCCUUCAGAUUACGAUAAAGACGUGUAUCCAGAGCCUCCCCAGCGGACUCCGGUUGUGGAUAAACAGACGGCGCUGCCGAACCCGGCGCUGAUUCUGUCCAAACUCUUUUAUUACUCCGUGGACCUGCCUGUCACCACAUUUAGAGAUGCUAUCGACAACAUUCGCUCUAAAAACAAGAUGGUCUACUACCACCAGAAGUUCCGUCGUGUUCCCGACCUGACAGAGUGCGAGGAGGGAGACUAUGUGUGCUACUAUGAGGCAGAGAUGCAGUGGAGGAGAGACUAUAAAGUGGAUCAGGAGAUCGUGAAGGUGAUCCAGGAGCGUAUGAGGGCCUGCCAGCAGAGGGAAGGGAACAGCUACCAGCAGAACUGUGCCCACGAAAUCCAGCAGUUCGAGGAUGUGACCAAGAACUUCAUGUUGCGCUAUGGAGACCUGGGAGCGUACGCCAGUGGGAGGAAAUGUCUAAUGAAGCAGAAAGAGCGAAUGAUGGAAGCUCAGGCCCAGCAGGCUUAAAGACAGUUCUCCAUCUGUCCUAUGUCAAGAUUGUAAAUUAAAGUUGAUGUGAUAAAUCA